UUCCCCUGCUUUUUGUUGACUAAACAACUCGUUACUCGUUAGAUAUAUAUUCACGUUGAGAAAAAAGCGUUUAACCAAAACACUUAGGUAUAUUGAAGAGUUCUAAAAUUAGAACGCCAACCUUCCAAAUCAACACACCUACGACAAUUCUAGUCCUACAACAUAGAUCCUUCUAGCAAACCACAAGGAAACUUCUUGUGGAAAACACUAACACUAUCCUCACUCAGUUACUCUCGUAUUGCUCUACCUAGAGUUUCUAAUUCUGCUAUGUUAUAAAAAUUCUUACAUACUUAUUCUUUUUUUUCUUUCUAAACAUUCCAUUCGUUUUAAAAGCUAGGCCCACGAUUAGUAGUUAAAAUAUUUUAAUUUUUAAAAAUAUGGGUUACAUAUUUUUUAUUCUUUUUAGAGCUCCGAGAUUUCAGAGCAUGUUCUAAUUGGAUAUGUGAUAUUUAAUCAGAAGUAGUUUUAAUAUUGUUUUUUUUUUAUAAAAGAAAAUGUAGGUAGGUUUACGUACAAGUAGUAGAUAUGAUGGCUCAACAAAACGGGUCAACAUUUACGGGUCUAUAUAUAUUCGUGCCUCAUCGCCGAAGGUGUUAUGGUUCAAAACAAUCUAUCGUACUUAGUUAUUAAUUGGAUAGAUAUAAGUUUCUUCAAUGGACUCCAAUUGCAUUCAGUUCCUCCAUGACAAGACGAUUCUCGUCACCGGUGUUCCCGGUUUCCUCGCCAAAGUGUUUGUGGAGAAAAUAUUGAGGAUUCAACCAAAGGUAAAGAAGCUUUUCCUUCUUUUGAGAGCAGCAGACAAUGAAUCAGCCAUGCAACGGUUUCACAGUGAGGUUUUGGAGAAAGAUCUUUUUAGAGUGUUGAAAAACGCUUUAGGUGAUGAGAAUCUGAAAGCUUUCAUAACAGAAAAAGUCGUACCUAUUCCCGGUGAUAUAUCCGUUGAUAAUUUGGGAGUGAAGGGUUCUGAUCUCUUACAACAUAUGUGGAAUGAGAUUGAUAUCAUUGUCAAUGUAGCCGCCACAACGAACUUUGAUGAAAGAUAUGAUGUUGGUCUUAGCGUCAACACAUUUGGACCGCUCAAUGUCCUCAACUUUGCCAAGAAGUGUGUUAAAGGACAGUUGCUUCUUCAUGUUUCAACCGCGUAUGUGCGCGGAGAGAAGUCUGGACUUUUACAUGAGAAAACAUUUCACAUGGGGGAGACAUUGAACGGACAUAGAAAAUUAGUCAUUGAGACCGAAAUGGAGCUAAUGAAACAAAAACUGAAAGAGCUACAGAAACAAAAUUGUUCAGAAGAAGAGAUUUCACAGUCUAUGAAAGAUCUUGGAAUGUCAAGGGCAAAGCUUCAUGGAUGGCCAAACACAUAUGUGUUUACCAAAUCAAUGGGAGAGAUGCUUCUUGGUAAUUAUAGAGAAAACCUUCCCAUCGUUAUCAUCCGUCCCACAAUGAUCACUAGCACUUUUUCAGAACCAUUUCCCGGUUGGAUCGAAGGGUUAAGAACCAUAGACAGUGUGAUUGUUGCAUAUGGCAAAGGAAGGCUUAAAUGUUUUCUUGCAGAUCCAAACUCAGUCCUUGAUCUUGUAAGUUCAACUUAAUUUUGGUUGUGGUUGUCUUCAAGUCAAUUAUGCGUUUACGUAGACGUAAACAUAAAUAAAUAACACUAUCGAAAGAUAAAACAAUAAUAUAUAAAUAACGUAAUAUUUUCUUCCAUUUGGUGUUUGUGUUUAAAAUUAACAAAAGAAAAUUACUUCAUAGUUCUAAAAAGGUGUAAUUUGGAAGAAAAGAUUACCAUAUUUAAAAUCUAUAGUAGAUAAAAGCAAUUUCACACGCCAAAACACUUUCAAAGGUUUAGUUUGUCCAUUGGUUGACUAACAGACUAAAUGUACCCAAAAUCCAGAGUUCAAGUAAGAAAACAAGGCUAGGAUAUUUUUCAGUGUGUAUAGCAGAGAUAAAUAAGCAGAGGCCUUAAGACCAUAACAUUCUAUUCGAAUGGCACACAAAAUUAAUAAGCUAGUAAACAUUGCUAAUUCUUCCAUGAAAGAUUACAUAUGCUAUAUUAAUUUGUGAUUAUUACACACUAUAUUAUUAGUCAUUGUGGUCCACUGAGAAUGUAUUCACAGAUACCUGUGGACAUGGUCGCAAACGCAAUGGUCACGGCUGCGGCAAUACACGCAGGGAAGCUAGGUUCCCAGACCGUGUACCAUGUCGGAUCAUCUUGUAAAAACCCGAUCACAUUCGAACAGAUUCAUGAUCUCGCGGCUAGCUACUUCACGAAAAACCCUCUUGUUAGACGCGAUGGUUCAUCUAUACUAGUCUCCAAAGGAACUAUCUUGUCCACAAUGGCUCAGUUCAGUUUCUACAUGACCCUUCGUUACAAGCUACCUUUGCAGAUGUUGCGAUUGAUAUAUGUAAUUUAUCCUUGGUGGAAUGGUAAUAAAUAUAAAGACAUUGACCGCAAGAUUAAGCUGGCGAUGCGGUUGGUCGACCUCUACAGACCUUAUGUCUUGUUUAAGGGCAUAUUUGACGAUACGAAUACUGAGAAACUGCGGUUGAAAAGAAAGGAGAUUAAUAAAGAAAUGUAUGGUUUGUUUGAAUUUGAUCCAAAGUCUAUUGAUUGGGAGGAUUAUAUGACGACCAUUCAUAUUCCCGGCCUCAUCACCUAUGUACUCAAAAAAUAAAACGUUAAAGGCAUUAAAAUGUUUAUUGUGUAAUUACAUUUCUUGGUUACAUAAAAUUUGCUUGGACCGAGUAAAAUUGUGUAUUGCUAGUGAGUUGAAAUUUGAUAACAACUACAAGGUGUGUCUUGCAUUAUUAAACUAGUUUUAUAUCUCUCAUGUAAUGUGUUAAGUUCUUAGUUUACAACUAGAAUUUAAUUUCUUGUUUCAAUCCUAUCAUCUGUCGUAAUCUUUAAAUGUAACAAAUGAUUUUUAAAAGGGAGC